ACAACUUUCCUCUCCAUCUCAUCACCUCGACAGACUAGACGCAUCAUCUCACGCUCCGGGAAUGGGAUCUUUACUGGGUUCAAAGAAAAACUUCGAGUUCUUUCGAAUUUACGCUCUACAGAAGCUACUUUUCAAACUGCAAGGAUAGUUGUUAGCCUACUACAGGUGCAGGGUGACAGAACGAAGAGCCACUGGCCAAUGACAUCCAAGGCGCACGAGAAGUUGUCAAAGAGUUAGACGCAAGACAUCAGUUGAACACCACGAAGUGAACGGUCUGAAUUUGAGGACUAGGAUAUUCUAGUAAUUUCAGACCAUAGUCUACUUCUAUCGAGGCGUGCGUAAACUAUUUGUGCGUAAAGUUGGAGCUUGCGCACGGUUCAAAUGUUCUAGUGUGGCAGCUAAUGCAGGAACGUAAAAGACAACAGGCUUGUCAACUUUUAAAUCUGUGAGACGUGUUUAUCCCUUCAAAGCCAUGGCAAGAUGGUUCAGAGAUUUCCCCAUCAACCUGAAGACUGGAAAUGAAAGGGUCCGCUCGGCCUCUGAAUCUGGUCCGCAAACUCGACCCAAACCCUCAUUUUCUCGUGACAGUCUGAAAGGAAAUCCGCGCAAAGAUGGGGGAGUGGGGGGGUUAUUGGCAGGGAGAAAUAGGAAAAAUUCGGCUAUAGAAUUGGGUCGUAACAACGCUGGUUCUGCUGGGACUGUCUGGGAUAGUCUCACAACUGGAAAAGGUCGCAAGAACUCCAAGGUCGAGACUGGGACAUCAGAUGAGAUCCGUCAGGUCAGGACUUCUAGUUUGGCGCAAGCCUACAUCAGCAGGAUGAUCAAAGUGGACAAACAAGACAAGACCCCAAGACUCAAUGGGAUAAGUGAACAGAAGCAACCCGAUAAUGAAAAGGGAAGGUCUGACAUUAAAACAACGCUCAUAAUCCUGGAGGACUACGCAGAUCCUUUUGAUGCAGAGAAAACCAAGGAGCAGAGGGAGGCUGAGAGAGCAGGAGUGAAUGAUGGGUACAUGGAACCAUAUGAUGCCCAAGUCAUCAUCACAGAGGUUCGUAGACGGGGCUCCAAAGACCUCCUGAAAGUGUGUGUUCUGCUGGAUCGAGGCAAGAGAGAGGGGAAGGGAGAAGAGGGAAAACCCACUCCCCCAAAUAUCUAUGACACACCGUAUGAGGGCGGUCUGGAAGGCGACAGUGGGGGUGUGUGGAUCCCUGUCACACGACCUGAGUCUGACGUCCGUCCCGCUGGAGAGUACGAACUGCCCUGGGAGUGGAGAAAGGAGGACAUUGUUAGAGCACUAGCAGCUCAGUUUGAGGCAGUGGAUUGUUCUUCCACGAAAGAGAACAGUUCAACCUCUGCCCGCCAGCAACAGCAACAACAACAGCAGCAGCAGCAGCAGCAGCAGCAACACACCCUGAGGCAGAAGAACUGGAACCAAAAAAUACUUGUGCCAUCUUCUCCGUCCUCCUCCUCUUCUCCCACCUUUCCCUCCUCUCCUAUUCUCAAACUCUCCCCUCUCACGCCCCCAUCUCCCUCUUUCCCCACCCUCAAACUCUCACCCUCUUCUAGUCCGAACAAACUUUCCCCUCCGUCUCCUACCUCCCCCAGUCCCCCACUGGAGGGGGAGGCAGCCAAAGUGGACCCCAGCCCACCCCUGGAGAAGCAGAGCUGGUACCAUGGCAAUGUGAGUCGGCAACAGGCUGAGGCUCAGCUGCAGCGCUGCAGGGAAGCCAGCUUCCUGGUGAGGGACAGCGAAUCAGGAACCAGCAAGUACUCCAUUGCUCUAAAGACCAGUCAGAGUUGUGUGCACAUCAUUGUGGCCCAGACGAAGAGCGUUAAGGGUUUGGGCUUCACACUGGAUCAGAGUAGUUGCGUCUUCUCCAGCAUCCCUGAGCUGGUCCAUCACUACUGCACGCACAGACUGCCUUUCACUGGUGCAGAGCACAUGACCCUGCAGCAUCCUGUGCCCAGGCCACACUGAACAUGCGUAGUAAAGGAUGAUCAAAUACACUGGGACAUUAAAUGCACAUGUGCAGAGACAUACACACAGACACAAACAUUAACUUGGCAAUACACUUAUACACACACAUACUCGAAGAUAUGCUGCUUUGGCUCGUCCUUUGUACUACCUUAAUACAUAAUUUUGUAUCGCUUCCAUAUGCCACCUAGUGGUCAAAGUAAAGCAUUACAACAACCAUUGAUCACAUUGUUAUAGUGGUCAAUGGUAUUAUAGUGGUAAUUGUUCCCAAUCUAAAAACCACACUGAAUGUAUUUAUAAUUACAGGAAAACCAGGGUAUUUGCCCCAAUGUCUUGUCCAUUGGCCCUGCAGACCAUAUCAUGCAAACCAAAUUGAUUUCUAUAACACCAGAAACGAUGCACAUGAAGUCCUGCACUUAUGUGAGCAAUCGGGCAUUUGAAGUUAGUGGAAAGGUUUGUAACUUCCUGCUCACGCAGAUGUGCUGACCUCAUAGAGUAGAGUCUUGCAAUCCAGUUAAGCUUGGUCUGUGAGGUCAAUACACCUGAUUGGAGUAUAUUCGUUCAUCCAUCUGACAAUCAGCCUAUUGAUCUAUCCUGAAAAUCAGGCUCAUUUGCUGACCACUCUGUCUGUCAAGAGAAAGAGCUUUAUUGAUAAGACGAUUAGAACUAGUGUAGUGGGAAGGGGUCUUAUAACAUUACAGUACCCAGUCAGCAAAAUUGUUUGAGUGUGUGUAAGUGUGCACAAUAAAUAUGUCCAUGCACGUGCCUUCACUGUUACUUUAACGAGGUUGUGAUUUAAAGACUUACUUGUUUGUGAAUGAAACUAAAAACUGUACCCUAAAAAGUACAACAGCAUAAAUAAUGUGUAUGUAAGUGA